UGUCCACUGCCCCACAACCAGAUACAAACUCAGAUCACCAGAUGUCCACAGGGGAACAGACCCAGAGAUCAUCGACUGGAGAAUCCACCCAGGAAUCAUCUUCAGUCCCAGUGGGAGACACAUCCUCAGAUCACCAGAUGUCCACAGGGAAACAGACCCAGGGAUCAUCGACUGGAGAAUCCACCCAGGAAUCGUCUUCUGUCCCAGUGGGAGACACAUCCUCAGAUCACCAGAUGUCCACAGGGAAACAGACCCAGGGAUCAUCGACUGGAGAAUCCACCCAGGAAUCGUCUUCUGUCCCAGUGGGUGACACAUCCUCAGUUCCCCAGAUGUCCACAAGGGGACAGACCCAGGAAUCAUCGACUGGAGAUUCCACCCAGGAACCAUCUUCAGUUCCAGUGGGAGACACAUCUUCAGAUCACCAGAUGUCCACAGGGGAACAGACCCAGGGAUCAUCGACUGGAGAAUCCACCCAGGAAUCAUCUUCUGUCCCAGUGGGAGACACAUCCUCAGAUCACCAGAUGUCCACAGGGAAACAGACCCAUGGAUCAUCGACUGAGGAAUCGUCUUCAGUCCCAGUGGGAGACACAUCCUCAGAUCACCAGAUGUCCACAGGGAAACAGACCCAGGGAUCAUCGAUUGGAGAAUCCACCCAGGAAUCGUCUUCUGUCCCAGUGGGAGACACAUCCUCAGAUCACCAGUUGGCCACAGGGAAACAGACCCAUGGAUCAUCGACCGGAGAAUCCACCCAGGAAUCGUCUUCUGUCCCAGUGGGAGACACAUCCUCAGAUCACCAGAUGUCCACAGGGAAACAGACCCAGGGAUCAUCGACUGGAGAAUCCACCCAGGAAUCGUCUUCUGUCCCAGUGGGAGACACAUCCUCAGAUUACCAGAUGUCCACAGGGAAACAGACCCAGGGAUCAUCGACUGGAGAAUCCACCCAGGAAUCGUCUUCAGUCCCAGUGGGAGACACAUCCUCAGUUCCCCAGAUGUCCACAAGGGGACAGACCCAGGGAUCAUCCACUGGAGAUUCCACCCAGGAACCAUCUUCAGUCCCAGUGGGAGACACAUCUUCAGUUCCCCAGAUGUCCACAAGGGGACAGACCCAGGGAUCAUCGACUGGAGAUUCCACCCAGGAACCAUCUUCAGUUCCAGUGGGAGACACAUCUUCAGAUCACCAGAUGUCCACAGGGAAACAGACCCAGGGAUCAUCGACUGGAGAAUCCACCCAGGAAUCGUCUUCUGUCCCAGUGGGAGACACAUCCUCAGAUCACCAGAUGUCCACAGGGAAACAGACCCAGGGAUCAUCGACUGGAGAAUCCACCCAGGAAUCGUCUUCUGUCCCAGUGGGAGACACAUCCUCAGGUACCAAGUCCUUGCAUACGUUAUCCCUUAUCCUCAUUAACCCUGCAGCCAGCUUUUGGAGAGGGUGGUAGUUUGUUCAACAGUAGAGAAUAAUCCCCCUUGGAUCCAUCGACACAAAGUGCUGGAGUAGCUCAGCGGGUCAGGCAGCAUCUCUGGAAAAAAGGAAUAGAUGACGUUUCAGGUUGAGGCCCUUCUUCAGAUUUCACCCUUGGAUUGAGGAUGGUUGAGGAAACCACUCUAGAAAUGCUGUCUAGUCGCCAAGUUACUCCAGCACUUUGUGUGUUUCUUUGUAAAACAGCACUUAUAACCAUAUAACAAUUACAGCACGGAAACAGGCCAUCUCGGCCCUACUAGUCCGUGAUGAACACUGACUCUCACCUAGUCUCAUCUACCUGCACUCAGACCAUAACCCUCCAUUCCUUUCCCGUCCAUAUACCUAUCCAAUUUAUUUUUAAAUGAUAAACUCGAACCUGCCUCCACCACAUCCACUGGAAGCUCAUUCCACACAGCCACCACUCUCUGAGAAAAGAAGUUCCCCCUCUUGUUACCCCUCAACUUUUGUCCCUUAAUUCUCAAGCCAUGUCCUCUUGUUUGAAUCUUCCCUACUCUCAAUGGAAAAAGCUUAUCCACGUCAACUCUGUCUAUCCCUCUCAUCAUUUUAAAGACCUCUAUCAAGUCCCCCCUUAACCUUCUGCGCUCCAAAGAAUAAAGACCUAACUUGUUCAACCUUUCUCUGUAACUUAGUUGCUGAAACCCAGGCAACAUUCUAGUAAAUCUCCUCUGCAAUCUCCUAUUUUGUUGACAUCCUUCCUAUAAUUAGGCGACCAAAAUUGUACGUCAUACUCUGGAAUUGGUCUCACCAAUGCCUUGUAUAAUGUUAACAUUUCAUCCCAACUUCCAUACUCAAUGCUCUGAUUUAUAAAGGCCAGCACAUGUUAGAAAUUUUCCAACAAAGACUAUUACAAAAACGGAGGUAGAACUUUAUUGCAAGAGAGAGUCACACAGAGCCCAAGUGUCUGUGGGAGUCCUCUCUGAGCUAAUGCUGAAAACCAUCUCUUUUAUACAUUGAUUUAGACAAAAAAAGCAUCCAGACAAAUGGUAAUGAACAGACACUCAGAAUUCAAAGGAAAUAACAUUUAGCUGUGGAAAGUUUCACCAGAGCAAGAUUAGCCGUUCUGCAAGUUCUGUGAUAGACUCUUAAUCUCUUGACCGAGACCUGUCAAUUACUUGUGCCCUAGGCAGUUUCGGUAACCAAUCUUGUGCAGACACAGAUAGAAUACACAAGGAAAUAAUUACAUAAAUGUUUCCAUCAGCACACCAAAAGCUUUCUUUACCGCCCUAUCUACAUGAGAUUCCACAUUCAGGGAACUACGCACAGUUAUUCCUAGAUCCCUCUGUUCAACUGCAUUCCUCAAUUCGCUACCAUUUACCAUGUACAUCCUAUUUUGAUUUCUCUUGCCAAGAUGUAGCACCUCACACUUAUCAGCAUUAUACUACAUCUGCCAUCUUUCAGCCCACUCUUCCAAAUGGCCUAAAUCUCUCUGUAGACUUUGAAAAUCUACUUCAUUAUCCACAACACCACCUUUCCUAGUAUCGUCUGCAUACUUACUAAUCCAAUUUACCGCACCAUCAUUCAGACCAUUGAUGUAUAUGACAAACAACAGUGGACCCAACACAGAAACCCUGUUGGUCACCCUGUUCUGGGAAGGACAUCACUAAACUGGAAAGAGUGCAGAGAGAAUUUACAGGGGUGUUGCCAGGACUCGAGGGCCUGAGCUAUAGGGAAUCGAUUGCGUAAGCUAGGACUUUAUUGCUUGGAACGCAGGAAGUUAAUGGGUGUUCUUAUUGAGAUGUGUUUAAUCAAUUAUAGGGAUUGAUCAGUUCAAUGUCUUUCAGCCAGAAAACUGCAACUGAGGAUGGUGGGUAUAUGGAAUGAGCUGUU